CUACUAUCUGCCAACAUCAGCUGUGAGCGAAAGAAACGAGUGUCAUUAUUGUAACUGUCAUUUCUUAUUUUCCCUAGGAUGUGCGUGACAUGAUUGUUAUAAAUUCAUUACUUACACCACAGCUUACACAAUUAACGUAAAAUGACAAGUUUAUAAAUAGUUUAUCUCUCUUUGUGGUCAGAAACCUAUAUAAUAAGUUAGGGACAAUGGUGCUGUCGCGCUCAUUUGCGCCGAAGCCCUUAACCUAUACAAAGAUGUGUUUUCUCGUAAACUGCCUCAAAAGAUUUAAGAGUUCUCAACAAUGGUUAAGUCGUCAAAAAGCUGAUCCUUAUGUAGAAAAGGCAAAAAUCUAUAACUACAGAUGUCGCAGUGCUUUCAAAUUGUUAGAAAUGAACGAUAAAACAAACAUACUUACUCCGGGCCUGACAGUUAUUGACCUUGGUGCGUCGCCAGGGUCAUGGACACAAGUGGCAGUUCAGAAAACGAACUCAGAUGGUGCUGACCCAACCCAACCAAAGGGCAGAGUUCUUGCCAUUGACAAGCUGCAAAUAUUUCCCAUAGAGGGAGCAUCUAUUAUGAGCAACAUGGAUUUUUCCACAAUAGAUGCUCAUGAUAAAGUAAUAGCAGCACUAGAUGGUACAAAAGUAGAUGUAGUUCUAUCUGACAUGGCUCCCAGUGCUACUGGGGUAAAGGAACUGGAUAAAGACAGAAUAAUAGGCCUUUGCUACAUGGCUAUAAGGUUUGCAGCUCUAGUCAGUAAAGUGGAUGGUAACCUGCUAUUCAAAGUUUGGGAUGGGAAGGAAGUCCCCAUAUUAGAGAUGGAUUUACAGAGAUUCUAUAAAAGUAUUAAGAUUAUGAAGCCAAUGGCUAGUCGAUCAGAAUCCUCAGAAAAGUUCAUAUUAGCUCGAGGUUUCAGAGGCAUUCAGAGACCAUUGAAGAAUGGUAGAUGGGGAGAGUAACUCAUGUUCAUGUUAAGUACAUCAACUGGGCUACUGCAUAAUACUCUGAAUAGUUUGAUGUGAGCUUCGGGAACAGAAUGACUUUGCAUAGAAAGUGCAGAAGAUAAUUAAAUGUUGUCAAUACAUCAUAACAAUCUGGUGUAGAUGUUAUAAGUACUAAGUCUUCCAAGUCAUGUUUAAGUAUAAAACUUAUCAACUUAUAGUGCAGUUAUUAGCAUCAUUUAGAUAAAUAUUUGUUUUAUAUAAAAUAUUUGCAUAACUUAAAUGAGGCAAUAUGAUAUUUGUAUGCUAGUUUUAGUUACAUGGUUACCAUAAUUAUAAAAGAAAAAAAAACACUUAAAAUAUU